CUGAACCUCGUCCCUUUGACCUAUAGCCAAUGGCGCCAAAAGGGGGACCCGCUCGUGAGCUCGUAAGAUGAGAGUUAGCAAGGCAUUCGCCGACUGGACACUCACUCUCUUCUGGAUAUCUCUCUCUCUAAUUGCCUGGGGCUUCACUCUGUACGCUGGGAGAACCAUUUCAGCUAGAACUUUGUAGUAGGUACCCCUGGAAAUGGCCGACAGUGAAGAAGGGGUUAAUCAGGCUGGUGAUGAAGGGGUUAAAGAGGGUAGUAGUGGAGGGGUUAAACCGUGUAUGUUCAAGAAAUCUGCCAGAAGAGGUGUGGCACGGAAGAGGAAGAUGGAACAGAGUAGCGAAGAUGAGAGCAGUGACGAGGAAUCGGUGGUGGUGAGGAAGGAGAAGAAGGCAGUUCACAGACAACUGUAUCAGAAAACAAACACCAAGAGCAAGAACAAACCUCAAGGUGGUGGGGAAGAGGAGGAGGAGGAGGGAGAGGGGAAGGGGGAGAGUAGGGUGACGAUGUCCUACCAGUCCAAGAGAGAAGUGGCUAGUGAGUCGCGUGACACCAGAGCCACAGUCGAUAUUGAUGCCGAGGCUGAAGUACGGGAGCGAAAGGAGGAGAAGGCAAAGAAGUACGGACCAAUCAGAGCGCCGGCCUAUCUGCGGAGCACUGUGAGAUGGGACUACCAGCCUGACAUCUGCAAAGACUACAAGGAAACUGGUUACUGCGGAUUUGGAGACAGCUGCAAGUUUCUUCACGACCGGGGAGACUAUAAGAGUGGUUGGCAGCUUGACAGAGAGUUUGAGGAGAACCAGGGGAAGACGGAGGACAUGAAGCAGUACGAGAUUAGCAGCGACGAAGAGGAGCAAUUACCGUUUGCCUGCUACAUUUGCCGGGAAUUCUUCAAUAACCCCGUAGUCACCAGGUGCAAGCACUAUUUCUGCGAGUCGUGUGCGCUCAAGAACUACAGAAAGACUACGCGGUGUGCGGUGUGCAGCCAGCAGACUGGGGGAGUGUUCAACCCUGCCAAGGAUCUCACAGCCAGGAUCAAGAUAGCCGAGGAAGAGAGGAGAAAAGAAGCGGAAAAUGUUCCUGAUGACUAACAACCCCCUCUCUCUUUCUUUCUAUCUGCUAUACAAACCUUUAAUCAUUAAUUUUCGUCUUUUUCUGUUGCGUAUAGUGAUUUACGUCUUUUUAUGGUGGUUUUAUAAUUGUAUAUUAUACUGUUGUGUAAAACUGAAAGGAAAUUUUUAUCUGCCAAAGUGUUGGCUACAGACCGGAGCUACAGACUGUGGAGGUAGUUGGUAAAGUUAGGUAAGAGUAGUUUCUCUGGAGUUUCUGAAUCUGCCGGGGCACCAGUGAGUGAUGAUAGUUGGUGGAUCUCGAUGGUUGAGUUGGAGCGACAGAGAGCGAUGGAAGGAGAGGUGGAGGAGGGAGAGAGGGAGAAGGAGAGGAUAGCUGGGGUGUCCUCUGCCGGGCUGUAAGAAUGGGUAGGACCCCUGUCAUUCUCUGUCAAAUUCCUGCAGAAAAUUCACCAAUUUUUUGACCAAAAGGUAAUGUACAAUAUAAAUGUAUGUAACGAACCAGAGGUAUAGGGUGGAGUGACCGUCCAGUGCUAGAAACACUCCAGGAAUGUGCCACGCCCACUCCACCUUACUGACUGCAAUCCCAUUGGUUGAUUCCGUCCACACCACCAGCGGGUUAGCUUUCUUGAUGUUGUAAAGUGAUAUGUUGCCGUUCGAAUAACUCGCGAGAAAAUAGUCUGGUUGC